AUGGACGAAGCAGUGACAGAAAUUAAAGAUUUGGUUUUCUCUGAAAAUGAAGAAAAGGAGAGUGUGGAAUCAACAGGUGGGGUGUUGAAAAAUUUGGUUUCCAAUCCCAACGAAGAAGAAGAAGAAGAACGUGGUGUUGUGAGUAAUUUUAUUUCCAAUUUAAUUUCACCCAAGAGUAGUCCAAGAUUGAGAGGGGAUAUGGAUAGUAAGGAAAAGUGUGGUGAUCUUGGAUUCAAAGACGAGUCAGGUGAGGAUCUUGGCGGCGGUGGCGGUGGGUUUGUUAAGAAUCUAGUGUCCAGCAUCUUUCAUCAAAGUGAAGGAGAAGGUGAAGAAAAGGAGAAAGUUGAAGAAAAACGUGGUGUAAUUGAUAGUCUUGUCUCUCACUUGCCCACAUCUCUUGCAGAUGUUGCAGCUCCUGCAACAGAUGAGGCUUCUAUCCUAAUUCAUUCAAUUGUUCAUGACUAG